UCUUUGAAACCUUAUGUACGGCAAACGUUACAUUUUGCACGGUAAGAACUAUGAAUCGCCAUCUGGUUUGAAAUGGUUUAGGGCUCUUGGCGGGCGGGAAGCGAUGGACUGCCCCGUUUGCGGGUGCGCGGUGGACGAUGGCGAUCUCGAUCGGCAUGUGAAUGAGCACCUGGAUCAGGAGCAGAUCGAGAGGGACGAGGAGUUUGCCCGAGCGCAAGACCGCUUGUUUAAUAGUGUGGUAGAAUGGGAGAGCUCAUUGUUUUCCUUGAAUGCUCGUCAGUCGGUACACUUUGAGCUCGUCGAGAAUCCUCUAGAUACCGGUAGCAGUAGCCAGCAGGAGCAGCAACAGCAGGAACAGUUCUUUGCUGCUCGUCCAUCCAGCUCUCGAGAUGGUUGUCCGUGGGAGAUUCCGGCAGUCAUAGCUUCGCAGGAAAGAGAUAGUUUUGUUCCGGUUGAAGAAGGCUUCAUCGAUCUUCUCCGCAAGUGCGUGGUGGCCGAGCAGCAAAGGCCCUCGGCCUACGCACUUACGAGUUUCAUCGAUCAUUAUCAGAGCACUAGCCAUGAUCUGGGAUGGGGCUGCGGGUGGCGGAACAUACAGAUGCUUAGCUCUUAUCUCCUCGCGAGAGAUGAAGCCUACAGGAAAGCUUUGUUUGGAGGAGCCGGGUUUGUGCCGACGAUAGCAGCUCUGCAGCAGUGGCUCGAGAUCGCCUGGUCGAAAGGAUUCGACUCGGAUGGAGCCGAGCACUUCAACGGUGCCAUAUACGGUUCGCAGAAAUGGAUUGGAACGACAGAGUGUGCUGCGCUGCUGAGACUGUUUGGAGUUCGUGCUAGAAUCGUCGACUUCAAGGCACUGACGAGAACGACCGGUGGUAAAGUUCCAUCCAAGAGGGUUGCGAAGAGAGCCGGGCCAAGGCAGCAAAACGACUCCGAGAGAGGUAUAGUUCAGCACUGGAACGCUCACUGUGAUUCUUGCGGGAUGUAUCCGAUUCGUGGUCCGAGGUUCUCGAGCAGCAAGCAACAGGAUUGUGAUCUCUGCUUCGUGUGCUUUAAAAAUCAGCCAGGACGGUCGCAUGAGUUUGAGAGGAUUGAAAAGCCAUCGCCGAAGGCUUGUGGGGGUGACUUCGAGGAUUAUAAUCACCAGCGGCUUGUGGACUGGGUGUGGAACUAUUACACGGAGGAGGACAGGGACCAUGUAGAGAAUCGCCAGCCGCUGGUUAUCAUCUCCAGACGACCGCCUCUUUACUUUCAGCAUCAGGGGCAUUCUAGGACAAUUGUGGGGAUUCAAAGAAGAAGGAAGCUAGGCGGGCCGGAAGAAGCGUUCCUUUUAGUUUUUGAUCCAUCACAGCGGACAGAAGAACUCGUGAAAGCUUUACGAGCGAAAACUGGAUGGCAAAAGCUUAUAAAACGUGGAGUUCAUACGCUCAAGAGAGCAGCUUAUCAGGUUUGUCAUAUUGAUCCAGGCAUUGCGCAAGGCAAAGAGCUCGAAAACUUGAAGAACUUGUCAAGCACAAGUUAUUUGUAUUAGAACAAGUUUUGAUCCAACGAUUCUAGAAUCCAACGGUCAUGAUUUUCGUGGA